AUGGCCAAUUCCACUUUCCGCUUCCUCGAUCUUCCGAAAGAAUUGCGCCUUAUCAUCUACGAAUACAUCCCCAUUACAACACGCCAUCACGUUUGGGAAGACGCGGCAAGACAUACUUCUUGGGGCGAGUUCCUGUCUGGAAAUACCAUUACACUAGUGGUCAAAUCGAUAUCGACCGGGAUACUUCUCGUUUCUUCUUCGAUCCACGACGAGUGCAAGCCAAUUCUCGACCGCAAGCUCAAUGCUCUCCAAGUUGAGCCACUACGUCUCAUCGUCGAUAAGCAGAGUCUGUUGACCCUGACGAGACACAGGAACGAGGUGGGGCCUGCCCUGAACAGCCUUCUUUGGUGUCUGAAGGACUUCAUGAGAUUGAAGACUGGACAGAGCCACUCACAGUGCUGGGAUGAGGGAAACGUUCAAUUAUCGGGUGUCAUGUUCAACUUCAACUUCAAUGGGCGAGAACAUGCGCGCCUCAUCGAAUUCCUAAAUUUGAUAACGGGAUUUCGUUUGAAGCGUUUGCCUCGCUCCAGCGUUAUAGCUGUACGACACAAAGGCUUCUAUAACGAGAGAUUGCAAGUGAGCAACGACUUUGUCAACCCUGCGCGGCGUCCAAUGGUCGGGUUUCCACCGCCUACUUGGACAUACUAUCUUCUGAAGCAGGAUAUGCAGCAAGACGAGUACAAUAUGAGGGACGACUUUACGGAACUGAUUCGCGUAUGCGGCAAUGACCCCCACUUGAACUUUAUCAAGUUCGUUGAGCCUGGAACGCCGGAAGAAUGGGCUAGAGAUUGGGAGGAGGGCGAAUGGGCGACCUCGACCUAG